GGAAGGUGGUGAAUGUUGAUAGGUCUGUUUCCCUCACGAGAGCAGUGACCCAGAAGUGUGGAGGCUUAUCUUCCUCUCUCUGCUCUCCGUUCAGGCUACGUCUUCACAGGGAAAUCACUGCAUUUCUUUUCAACCUUUCUCUGAACCAUUCGGAUGACGUGACGGCCGAACGCGGACGUCAGACUUCAAGGUACAAAAGGGAAAUAUUAAGGGCAAGCGGAGGUGACACAGCUGUCUGCUCAGUUGUGCAUGAGAUGAUGAACACUGGGAAGCUUUUAUCCGAGGGCUUUUCUCAAGAUUCACCUUACACAAGGAUGAGCAGUGAACAAGUCUGAUACUAUGUAAAAGGUUUUGGGGCUUCUCAAAAUCACACAAUCUUUCUUUGCAAUUCACAAACCAGCCAAUGCGAAGCGGCGGUAACAAGGCUGUGCCAUUUUCUCACAUCCCAUUUAGUUAGCUGUGGCAUCUGGUGCGCACGUACCAUUGUGUCAGUGCCAAUGCGUAUCACUGCACAUCAACGGAAUGCAAUGAAUCCUGAUAGUACUCUGCAGAAUGCACACAUUUACCGUUAUUCACAGUGAUUGCAGUAAUGAUGCAAAAUACAGUGAGCAUAUCAGAAAUGCUGCAUGUAGCACACGUUCCUGCAUAAAUUAUAUAAAAGAUUUCAAAUGUUACAAUUAUAGCCUGAAAUGUCUUGAACUAUGGUCAGACCAGCCUCUUAACAUGGUCCCACUUAAACAACACACAAACUUCCUCAUGCAUGUACACACCCACCCCCCACACACUGGCUCGAUCAAUGCGUUUUGCCAUGUGAGAGCUGUGUAUGAUGGGUAGCCAGCAGGGGGAUGGGUCAAUGUGCUGCUGCCUGCUUUCUGUUUUUUUUUUUCGUUUUUUUUCUGUGUAUUCUUUUACUCUCACAAGCACUGGGAGCAGCAGGAGCGUGCUGUUGCUGCAGCACAUGAGAGGAUCUCCAUCUAACUUGGCGAUUGGAGAAGCAGUCGUCAGUCUUAUCCAUUUGAACCACAGGCUCGGUGCAUUUUCAAAUGCUGUCUCUGAUCAUCCGUCAAUCAACUACAAACAAAGAGGUGCUCUGAGAAGGAACAGAAGGGGCUUCACUCUCUGGAUGAGAGAUGGAUGUGGACCACGGAUUCUAUCGGCAGGUGGACGUCCAGGCCCACGCUCACUACAUCGUCGCCUUCUUUGUCUUGGUGAUUGGAACGGUGGGCGUUACUGGAAACGCUUUGGUCAUGUACGCCUUCUUCUGCAACAAGAAGCUACGCACUCCCCCCAACCUUUUCAUCAUGAACCUGGCCGUCAGUGACUUCCUCAUGGCAAUUACCCAGUCACCCAUCUUCUUUGUUAACUCUCUUUACAAAGGGUGGAUUUUUGGUGAAACAGGCUGUAAAAUAUAUGCCUUCUGUGGAGCUUUAUUUGGAAUCACCUCCAUGAUAAACCUUCUGGCCAUCUCUCUAGACCGCUACAUCGUCAUCACCAAGCCUCUGCAAGCCAUCCAGUGGACCUCCAGGAGACGCACAUGCCUCAGUAUUGCCUUGGUCUGGCUCUACUCUCUAGCCUGGAGCCUCGCCCCCCUUUUGGGGUGGAGUUCGUACAUACCAGAGGGCCUGAUGACGUCGUGCACAUGGGACUAUGUGACAUCUACUCCAGCCAAUAAAAGUUAUACUUUGAUGCUAUGCUGCUUUGUAUUCUUCAUCCCUCUGGGCAUUAUAUCCUAUUGUUAUCUGUGCAUGUUCCUGGCAAUCCGCCAGGCAAGCAGAGAUGUGGAGAAGUUGGGGUAUCAGGUGAGGAAGUCAACCCUGAUCCAGCAGCAGUCCAUCAAGACUGAAUGGAAGCUGGCCAAGAUUGCCUUUGUGGUCAUCAUAGUGUUUGUGCUUUCUUGGUCGCCCUAUGCAUGUGUCACCCUCAUCGCCUGGGCAGGAUAUGCAAGCAUCCUCAGUCCCUAUUCCAAAGCUGUCCCUGCUGUUAUAGCCAAGGCAUCGGCCAUCUAUAAUCCUUUUAUCUACGCCAUCAUUCACUCAAAGUACAGAGACACCAUGGCGGAGCACGUUCCCUGUCUACACUUCCUAGCCCAGCCCCCGAGGAGGAAGUGCAUAUCUAUGUCACACAGCGAGUCUUCCCUCAGGGACUUGAUGCUGAGCAGACAGUCGUCGGUUUCCAAAACCAAGUUUCACAGAGUUUCCUCCAUGUCCACGACAGACACACAGGUUUGGAGUGACGUGGAGCUGGACCCUAUGGAUCAGAGCCAUCGUGUGAGGUCCAGCCAUUCCCUCGGUGCUCUGCGGGAUAGAGAGUCCUUGGCUACGCAGACCGAGGGAUCAAAGGGAAGCCAAAGCCAAGAACAGAUCCACGUUCCAGAGCGAGGCCCAUCGGACAGGGGCGAUCGCGCCCGAUCGGCCGCGGCCGUCUGGAGGGGAACGCCGGGGAGCCCCGACAGUCGGAACAAAGAGGAGAAGCAGGAAGCGGGUGGGGGUGACGACGAGCCGAGGGAGACGCGGCGGUCUCAACAGGAGAGAGGCGAGGAGAGGGUCGUCCAGCUGGAGUGCGCGGAGGACGGAGCUGUGGGCGUGCACCGGGCGGCCAUCGUCACGACUCCAGACUCAAAGGAAGAGCCGCCGGAACGCAUCUGUAACCCUAACCCUAGCCUUACCUCACCUAACCCUAACCCUACCUCACCUAACCCUAACCCUACCUCACCCAGCCCUACCCUUACCUCACCUAACCCUACCCUUACCUCACCUAACCUUACCCUUACCUCACCUAACCCUACCCUUACCUCACCUAACCUUACCCUUACCUCACCUCACCCUAACCUUACCCCCGCACAGAGCAGACGGAUAGAACUGCUGCUGAAUCUACAGACUCUGGAGGGUUCUGCUCAAGGGCUCGAGCCGCGUUCGAAGAGGUCUUAGCUAGGUGCAGUUGCGUGUGAGUGCGACACAUCGGCCAAACGUGAAUGAGGCGUCUCAUGCGGGGGGCAAAACUUGUAUCUCAAUUGUUUAGCAAUGCAGCCAAAUGUGUGUGUUUGUAGGUUUUUUGUGUAAUUGUACACACGUGUUUUAAAUAAUAAUCUUGAGGGACAACUUUACUUCUUAAGCUUGCUGUUAACAUACAAAAUGGUUUCAUCUUUUUUUUCGUUAAAAGCAGGUUUACUUUGUAAUUGGUACUUUCAAUAAUGUCACAGUGAAAACAAAGGAAUAUCUUUCAAAUGGAAUCUAGUCUAAAUUCACUUUUUGGAACUUCAAAAUGUAUUACACUUUGUCAAAUGAGCCUUAAAUUAACUGUAUACAAAGAAUAACUAAUUAAAGACCCAACAAGUUUACCAUGAACUUGUUUCUGAGGGAACAAAGUUUGCUCUUUUUGGAGUGUAUUUUGUGUGGAAGUAUAACUUUAUACACUUGUUUACUUCGUUGCUACAGCUACAUAUCUCUGUCUUACAAAUGCCAUGUCUUUAAUGCACAAAUGUCUCUGUCCAUGAGCCGUAUCCUGAGUUAUAUAAUCCAGCGUUUUACUCACUGCAUCUACUUUGGGGACAAUGUAAGAUAUAUUUGAUUCAAGGCAUUCUGCUUAGCAGAGUGGGUCAUAGUGCAUCUUGGCUACGUCGUAAGGACACCUGAUGUAUCGCAUCUUCAUCCGUUAUGAUGAGGAAUAAAGCUGCAUGCUUUAAGGAACAGUAUUGUCACAAUCAAUUUUCCAUCCUUAUUUAUUACAUAUUUGUUGCGCUUGGUGCUAAUCUUAAACUAGAAUGUUUAAUCUUGUGUGUAUUUGUUAUUGGAAAUAAGCCUUUUAUAGCCUUUUUUCCCUCAUCUUCUUAGAGCUUGCAAAUGAAUCCGAAUUUAUUAUAAAUGUUAUGAUACAAUUUCAUCAACAGACAAUGCGCUUUCUUUCACUUUAUUCAAAAUUGUGUAAUAUACAACAUGAAAGAAAUGUCUUUAUAACUUGUUGCAGCAAUAAAAUAAAAACUGUAUUAUUUAAUACACUAUUA